AACGACUAUCAAACAAUUCAAAUGGAUUUUCUCUCUGCUUUCUUUCUUCUCUUUCUUUCUUUCCUUUUACUUCAACAACUGAGAACCCGCCGGAGAAAUCUGCCUCCCAGCCCACCGUCCUUUCCGAUUAUCGGUCAUCUCCAUCUCCUACAACGCCCAACCCACCGGAACUUCCAAAACAUCGCCGCCAAAUACGGACCCAUUUUCUCUCUCCGAUUCGGAUCUCGCCUUGCUGUCAUAGUCUCUUCACUCCAAAUAGCCCAAGAAUGCUUCACCAAACACGAUCUCAUAUUCGCCAACCGCCCGCGUUUGCUGAGCGGAAAAUACUUCGGCUACAGCUGGACCACCAUGACUACCGCCUCUUACGGCGACCAUUGGCGGAACCUCCGCCGCCUCGCCGCCAUGGAGAUCUUCUCCCCGACGCGCCUCAACGCGUCUCUCGCCUUCCGUAAGGAUGAAAUCCGGCGAUUGUUGGUCAAACUCCAUUCGGAAUCAUUCGCCAAGGUGGAGUUGACGCCCAUGUUUUCGGAACUGAGUUUCAACAUCGUGAUGAGGGUCGUGGCUGGAAAGAGGUACUACGGCGAGAAGGUUUCCGAUGAGGCGGAAGCGAGGGAGUUCAGAGAGCUUAUGGAUGAGGUUUCGCGUCAGGGAGGAACUUCGCAAUGGGUGGAUUUCAUGCCGAUUUUGAAAUGGAUAGGGUUUGGUGCAUAUGAGAAGAUUUUGACGAAAUCGGCGAUAUGGGCCGAUCGAUUUGUGCAAGAAUUGAUUGAAGAACAUCGGAAUAAGAAAGUAUUGGGAAGAGAAGAACAGAGUUCUCUGCUUCAUCGGCUUCUGGAAUUGCAGCUCUCACAACCGGAAUAUUACACCGAUCAGAUCAUCAAAGGGCUUGUUCUGGUUUUGUUGCGUGCGGGAAUAGACACAUCAUCUGUGACCUUGGACUGGGCAAUGACUGAAUUACUGAACCAUCCGGAGGUAUUAGCCAAAGCCAAAGCUGAGAUAGACACCAAGAUCGGUCAAGAUCGACCCGUUGAGGAAUCAGAUAUCGCCAACCUCAACUACCUUCAAGCCAUUAUUUCUGAAACCUUUCGUUUGCACCCUCCAGCCCCGAUGCUUCUCACACACUAUUCCUCUGACGACUGCUGUGUUGCAGGCUACAACAUUCCUCGUGGGACCAUGUUAUUGGUCAAUGCUUCAGCAAUUCACAGAGACCCGAAGUUGUGGGAUGACCCAACUAGUUUCCGACCAGAGAGAUUCUUGGGAGCAGGGAAUGAGUUACAGACCAACAAACUCAUUCCUUUUGGAAUUGGAAGGAGGGCUUGUCCUGGAGAAAUUAUGGGUUUACGUGUUGUAGGAUUGACUUUGGGUCUUUUGAUUCAAUGCUACGAGUGGAAAAAAGUUGGAUAUGAAAACGUAGACACGACUGAAUAUGGAGGUAUCACCAUUCUCAAAGUGAAGCCUGUGGAGACCAUGUGUAAACCUUGUCCAGUUAUGGUAAAAGUUCUAUCAAAUGGCUUGGACUAAGUUUUACCAACGUUUGGUUACAGCCUUUGUUAUAUUUAGGGCUUGAAUAAAUAAUGUGAUUUCGAUGUUCUCAA